UGGGGUUAAUAUGUCAUACAAAAUUCAUCUCUUGCAUCAGCAUCUUGAAAAACUCGCUCAACAGUUGCCAACUGAAUCUGAUGAGCAAGGCGAACGUCAUCACCAAACUGCGCUUCCAUUUGAAAUAAGGUACAGAGGAAAGAAAUCUCCAGAUGCGGUACUCGCUGAAAUUUGUUGGUGGUAUAAAAACACCUUUGAAGAAGAGGAAGACGAGGAAACAGAGGAAGAAGGGGAAGACACAGAUGAAAAUCCAGAAUAUCUGUUGGACGAAAUAAUCGAUCUCUCUGAUGAUGAUGACGAUGACCAAGACAUUAGAGAGAGCAGUGAUGUUGAUCCACAGCCGCCUGCUAAACGGCAGCUGGCCAAAUUAUUAAUUUAAUUAAUUUUAUUUUUCUACUUAAAACUUUUCAUUAUUAACAUUUCAAAAUUAUAUUUUUUUCCAUAUUUUUAUAUUUUCUUUUUCUAUGUUUCUUCAAAAUCAACACUGAACAAAAUUGGUAAAUAAAAAAUGAGAAAUAAAUUAAUAUUAAGCUCAAAAAACGCAAGUUUUGUAUUAUGACUGUAUGCCUAAAGCGCAAAUU